ACCGGUGCCAGCCAGGGACCGGCAUCGCGUGAGUUUGCAACCACCGCCCCGGCUGUUGCCAUGCCGUCCCCGUCAUGGCCUCUCCUCCGCCUUGCAGAUGGCGUCCGCUACCGACUCCCGCUAUGGGCAGAAGGAAUCCUCGGACCAGAACUUCGAUUACAUGUUCAAGAUCCUGAUCAUCGGCAACAGCAGCGUGGGGAAAACCUCCUUCCUCUUCCGGUACGCCGACGACUCCUUCACGCCUGCCUUCGUCAGCACCGUUGGCAUCGACUUCAAGGUCAAGACCAUCUACCGGAAUGACAAGCGCAUCAAGCUGCAGAUCUGGGACACGGCCGGCCAGGAGCGGUACCGCACCAUCACCACCGCAUACUACCGUGGCGCCAUGGGCUUCAUCCUGAUGUACGACAUCACCAAUGAGGAGUCCUUCAACGCUGUGCAGGACUGGUCCACCCAGAUCAAGACCUACUCCUGGGACAAUGCCCAGGUCCUGCUGGUGGGGAACAAGUGUGACAUGGAGGACGAGCGCGUCGUCUCCUCAGAGAAGGGCCGCCAGCUCGCCGAGCACCUGGGUGAGUGGGGGAGGCCCACCCCGGUGCAGCCAUCUUCCCACAAAUCAUUUAAUUAG